GCCGCUUCCAUUUCCUUUGACAAUCAGAAUGCCCGUUCCGAGGACCCGGGCCGGGAAGCUUAACGUUACGGUACAGUGCGCAUUCUGCACUCCGUACCAGGUAACCAUCAGUGACUAAUCCAAUAACUAAGCCAGCGAAACGCGGUCCAGCACGCGUUACCGUCGAUGCCAAGAGACCAAGCUGCCCGCAGGAAAUCAUUAACAACAAGAGCGAUGACUCGAUAUGUCAAUGAAUGUUCAAGAUGUCAAAGCAAGGAGACAUUACCAGUUUCUUCAAACCGGUCUCGAAGCUGCCGCAGAGCACACAGCCCAUAGCAUCCAGAACUGAAGCUUCAUCGACCCCUCCCCCGCCUUCGCCCUCACCACCGCCCGCCCUUGUCACCUCAUCCCCGCCAGCGCCUACAGCGACCGUCCGAGACCCGAACACGGUGAUCCGGGCCUCGGACGAUGAGGAUGACGAUGAUCUCGGUUCCGACGAUGACUUUCCUGAACUGUUUGCGAGACCGGCUCGCAGUUGUCGCCCGGUUCAAGCGCCCGAAAAAGAGAGAAGCGUUUACGCAACGCCCAAUGCGAAGCGGAGGGUAAUAGAGUUCCACUCGUCGCCGUUGACGAUCAACACCAGGCAUAAGUUUGACAUGAAGGCGCUGGUCAAGCAUGCCGCGGCAGACAAUGCCCUUGAGGAAAGCGAGCAGCGCACCGCAGCCCUCUUAGCCCAGGAGUCUCCGACGGCGCACUGCGGGGUGCCAGCCAAGGGGGCACAUGCCAGUCUCCACGAUGCCAUGUUGGACGUGUUGUCUGACCCCGAGGGUAGCCAGGAUGAGGGUAACCGCGGAAGGCUGCUACGCGCUGUGAAACGGACAGAGGCAUCGGUUGGCCGGAAGGAGUGGUACUUCUUCGACCGGCAGGGACCAACUAAUGACAGCGCGGAGAUGGAGAUACGGCGGACGUUUCCCAAGGCCAAGGCCACCGGAGUUUGGGCGUUCCUUGGCCAGGAGCAGCACAGGUCUGAGGUCUUUGAAGACGGUUUGCCUUACAACGUCCAAUGCCGGAUGCAGAACUUGCCCGAUGAGAUAUUCCAAUGGGUGCUAGAUGAGGCACCCCGUGCGAAGUCCAGGAAGCUCCGGGACGAAUAUGUGCGGUUACUUGGCGUCUGUCCAGACCAAAUCAGACGGCUCUUGGAUGAUAAGGCUAUCUUGGAGCUGUUCCAGAACCUCGGGGCCUCGGAGCGUGCCCUUUCGACAGGCGCUGCUCCUCCGAGUGGAAGUUUGGAAGAAGGUGCUCCUUAUCCGGAACAUGACCGUGUUCGUCUCGAGACUGUUCUGCGCGUCUUGUCGACGAGUGCGCAUGCUUUGGGAAUUGGCGCGCUAACCCGGACGACGGCCAUUCUCCUCCGCCUCGGUAUCGACAAUCUCGUACGCGAGGAUCAAGCAGUCGCCGCGGAGUAUCAAGAUGCGCUACAUCGGAUUGUAAUGGCCGUGCCGUGGCGAUUAUGGGACAACUUUUGUGGAGAUGUGAGCGAGUCCCUUUACUCCUUUACUCAGGAUGCCACUCUCCGCUGGAAUGCGGUCUCCUCCAUCCCCCUGCUUCACUCCAGAUUGGUUGAGCUACGCCGGAGGCUAGCACUUGUCUUCGUUUUCGAUGACCCACGCCGUGCCUUUUCUCCGCCAGACGCCACAUUCAGCAUUCGGUCUAUAAUAGAUCGACUCGACCAGGCCGACGAAUUUGUCGUCGACCGCACUAACACCGAUUAUUUCGAGCUACUGGCACUCUCCGAGAUGCUGAGCGUUGCAGUCGGCGACGGAUCGCCACCCGUCGGGGAUGUUGGCCCGGAGGUUAUCAAACAGUUCAACAGGGAAGUCGACGAGCUGUCUCAGAGGAUCAAGCACAUGUGGUCCAACAUACAUGAGCAGGGCGCUGCCUACAUGUCCAGGCUGGAGGUUCGAGUUCAGCUGCGAGACUUUGAGCGGAAGUUGCAACACGUCGUAAGAACACGGCCGCCACCAAAGGAGGACAUCUUCGGCCUCAAUACCACAGAGGACGACAUUCAGCGCCCCAAACAACAACAGUUCAUGAGGAGGUUCUUUGAGAAGAAGACACCGCCGAGAACAUCCUAGAGCAUAGCAGGGCAAGCACUCAAGAGGACCAGCAGCUUUGGGUUUACGUCUUCUCUAAGUUAUCCGGCUCACCCCAUUUAUGAUCACCUCCCCCCCCAUAUUGUAUCAUACAGACUCCAGAGAUACCCCCCCCCCCCCCCCGGUCAGCGCUUGACUUGGAUCGGCUCUGUUUGGAAUCUUGAUGUAUAAUAUCCGUUCUCAAAACAGGCUGUCAUGCGUAGAACCCUGUCAUCCCCCGAGCUAACCGCCGUCGAAUACAAAUGACAACCCCCGAUGACCCCAUUGAUCAAGUGGCCAGCCUUAAUCAAAGAACUUGCGGUUCGGGUUCUUGCCAAACAGAGCCUCGCGCAUGGCUGGCAAAGCGCUCUCCUUAAGCAGGUCCAGCCUAGCCUCGAAUGUGUUGUUGAGAUCGAUCUUGCCGUUCCCCCCCACGAUGAUGACACCGCCCGCGCUA